GAACGCGUUCUAUCCACCGAUGGGAGGCAAAGCAGCUUUUUUUUGAAGAGAAUAAAAAGCGGUGUUUUAAAUCUUGAUUUUCCCGGAAAGCAUUAAUAAUAGAUUUUACAUCUUGAAUGUUUUUAUGUGUAUUGAAAAGUAUACAAUCUACGGUAAAAAUAAAUAAAUAUGCCUAUCCAUGGCACUGUGUACAUUUAAAUAGCCGUGAACUAUUUUUAUUCCGUGUUUUCGUUGCGUCCUUUCCAUAGACAAUACGUCUCCUUUCACCGUGUGUUUUCAGUUGAUAAAAGUUAAUUUUAACAUUUCGGUUGCCUCACAAUGGCCUGUUCAGCGUUCCGUUGUAAUAACACACAAAGCAAGGACUCGACUGUUAUUUUUUUUAGAUUUCCUUUAUGUGACCCAGGCCGGCUGAAACAAUGGCUGAAGAACAUGGGGAGAAAGAAAUGGACCCCAUCUGCAUCGUCAUAUCUGUGCAGUAUGCACUUUGAGGAGGAUCAGUUCUUGUCAGACAGAAAUGUACACAAACACAUGGUCAACAAGAGGCUGAAGACCACCGCUGUGCCUACUAUUUUCAUCCAGCCACCACAUUUUGCCACACAGACCAGGGCCACACAGACCAUGGCUAUACAGACCAGGGCCACACAGACCAGGGCCACACAGACCAUUGCCACACAGACCAUGGACACACAGACUAUUUUCACACAGACCAUGGACACACAGACCGAGUGGGUAAGUGUAAAAAUGGAGGUAAGUGAAAGUAUGGUAUGUUCUUCACCCAGUUAUCUUGCUGAGCUUCACAGGGGGCCUUGUGCGGUUGCACAUUUGUGUUCUGUGUUGGAUAGUGAGGAUGUUACCAACAUUGACAUAAAAGAUAGUGGUAGCAUUCCUUCUGCUGAUUAUAGCGACAGGGGCGUCGAACUUGGGGUGGAAAGGGGACUGAGUACCCAGGGCCCCCAUGUGAGGAGGGCCCCAAAAGAUGCUAGAAUGAAUAGCUGUGGAUACGGGGAGGGGCCCAUAGAGAAUGCCUUUCUACAGGGCCCAGAAUUUUGUGCUACGCCCCUGUAUAGCGACGUCAUUGUGAAGCUAGAGCCUGCUGAGGAGACCGAUGUCGUCGUGAAGCUAGAGCCUGCUGAGGAGACCGAUGUCGUCGUGAAGCUAGAGCCUGCUGAGGAGACCGAUGUCGUUGUGAAGCUAGAGCCUGCUGAGGAGACCGAUGUCGUUGACAAUGUCCUUCCUGAUUACAUUGUUAAGCUUGUUAUCAAAGCUGAUGGUAAUGAGGCUGCCGCUGAGGACAAUGCUGACGUUGAUGAGGUCGCUGCUGAUGACAUAACCGAGUAUACCACCAGCGGUGAUUCAAAAACAGUUAUUCUUGAUCAUGACUACUUCUCCAAAAAACAAAAGGCAAUCCGCAUGUGCUCUGAUCACAUGUACGGGAUUUCGGAGUCUCCCAUAAUACUCAAAGGUAGAGUGAACAAACUAUGUGAUAAGCUUGUUGAAGCUCGUAAAAAGUUCAAGUUGAAGUGCCAGGAGACAAGAAGAAUGAAAUCCAAACUGAUGUCCUUAAAAAUUCUGACAAAGGGUCUUCAGAAGAAGUUGAAUUUGUUGCAGAAAAAGUUGAAUGCGUUGCAGAAAUGCAGACCUAACGGAGGUAUGGUUCAAAAUGUCCAGGAGCCAUUUUUCAUCUGGGUUCCUUGUGUGUGUGAGAGAGGUUAUACGUAGCAGGCUCUCUGUGGCAGGAUGGCUCCCAGCACUCAGUAAUGUUACUUUUUCUGGAAAAGAGAGAGAGAAUUAUUCCAAUAGAUGUUUUUGAUGCCCGUCAUCAACAAUGGAAUGAACAGGACCUGCAAAAAAUAGCAUAAAAAGCAAACCAAAGAA